AUGGCAGCCCGAGCCGUGCAGUUCUCAUCUGCGCCGCGCAAUUACACGCGCCCUGAGGGGCUCAGCAACGGCCAGGAAACUGCAGUGGCUUGUAAGGACCAUAAGAGGGCCCUCGAGGUCUCGCAGCAUGCUGAGGAGAUGGGCCUGAUCCUGGGUGCAUGUGCGGGCGGCCUGGUGGUCCUCAUCCUCCUGCUAGGGGCCAUCGUCAUCGUCAUCAAAAAGGGAAGGGACUUCUACUCUUACCCUUACUACCCAAGGAAGAAGGUGAACAUAAACAAGGCAGCCAUGGCGUAUCGUCAGGAGAAGACCAGGAAGUUGGGAUCUCUGGACUGCACCAUGACGGAGCAGAGCACCUUACAGCAGGAUGAACGCACCGCACACUCCUUCUUGGACAUGCAGACUGGCAGCACACGCAACGAGCAGCGCAGCUCUGUGAACGAGUCGAGCAGUCUGCUGGGCGGUUCUCCGCGGCGCCACUGCCGACGCAAGAGCUCCCCCUACCACACAGGGCAGCUGCACCCGGCCGUGCGCGUGGCCGACCUGCUGCAGCACAUCAACCAGAUGAAGACCUCCGAGGGCUACGGCUUCAAACAGGAGUACGAGAGUUUCUUCGACGGCUGGGAUGUCACCAAGAAGAAGGAUAAGACCAAGGGGAGGCACGACAGCAUUCUCAGUCACGACCGGCACCGCGUCAAACUGCACUCUCUCCUCGCCGACCCCAACUCGGACUAUGUCAACGCCAACUACAUUGACAUUCGGAUUAACAGGGAAGGCUAUCAACGUUCCAACCACUACAUCGCCACUCAAGGCCCUAAGCAGGACAUGAUCUAUGACUUCUGGAGGAUGGUUUGGCAGGAGAACUGCUUCAGCAUUGUCAUGAUCACCAAGCUGGUGGAGGUCGGGAGGAUGAAGUGCUGUAAGUACUGGCCUGAUGACAGCGAGCUGUACGGCGACAUCAAGAUCACACUGCUGAAGACGGAGACGCUUGCAGAGUACACCGUUCGCACUUUCGCCAUGGAGCGGCGGGGGUACCCUGCCAAACACGAGGUGUGCCAGUUCCACUUCACCUCAUGGCCCGAGCAUGGCGUGCCCUACCACGCCACCGGCCUGCUGGCGUUCCUGCGGCGGGUGAAGGCCUCUACUCCACCGGAUGCUGGCCCCGUGGUGGUGCACUGCAGUAUGGGGGCUGGUCGGACGGGCUGCUACAUUGUGCUGGACGUGAUGCUGGACAUGGCUGAGUGUGAGGGGGUGGUGGACAUCUACAACUGCGUGAAGACACUCUGCUCCCGACGGAUCAACAUGAUCCAGACAGAGGAGCAGUACGUGUUCAUCCACGAGGCCAUCCUGGAGGCGUGCCUGUGCGGAGAGACGGCCAUCCCGGUCAGCGAGUUUGCCCUCACCUACAAGGACAUGCUGCGGGUGGACACACAGAGCAACACCUCCCAGCUGCGAGAGGAGUACCAGACACUGAACUCAGUGACGCCUCACCUGGACGUGGAGGAGUGCAGCAUCUCGCUGUUGCCACGCAACCGGGAGAAGAACCGCAGCAUGGACGUGCUGCCUCCGGACCGCGCGCUGGCCUUCCUGGUGACCACGGAGGGUGAGGGCAACAACUACAUCAACGCGGCACUGACCGACAGCUUCCUGCGGCCGGCCGCCUUCGUGGUGACGCCGCACCCGCUGCCCACCACCACCGGCGACUUCUGGAGGCUGGUGUACGACUACUCCUGCACCUCUGUGGUUAUGCUCAACCUGCUCAACCAGUCCAACUCUGCCUGGCCUUGUCUGCAGUAUUGGCCUGAGUCAGGCAUGCAGCACUUUGGACCAAUGACAGUAGAGCUCCUGUCUCGUACGUCUGACGAGGAUGUCAUCAUCCGCCUCUUCCGUGUCAAGAACAUCACGCGGCUGCAAGAGGGUGCCCUGGUGGUGCGUCACUUCCAGUUCCUGCGCUGGUCGCCCUACAGGGACAUCCCCGACUCCAAGAAGGCCUUCCUCAACCUGCUGGCCCAGGUGCACAAGUGGCAGAGGGACUGCGGAGAGGGACGCAUGGUGGUUCACUGCCUAAAUGGAGGCGGCCGCAGUGGGACAUUCUGUGCCAGUAGUAUCCUGAUGGAAAUGAUCAGUCACCAGAGCAUGGUGGACGUCUUCUACGCCGCCAAGACGCUGCGCAACUCCAAGCCCAACAUGGUGGAGACCAUGGAGCAGUACCGUUUCUGCUACGAACUGGUUCUGGAGUACCUGGACUGCCUUGAGGUGAGAUAGCAGCCAGAACCCAACCAGACGUGAUGCGCACCCCGCGCCAGGGGGGGGACCCGUGGCCACCCAAGGGCCUCGUCUCUGAGCUCCCUCGUUCUUCUUCUCCUCUUCCUCGUCCUCUUCUUGCCCUCCUCUCCUGGAUCUCUCUGGAAGGAGUGAAUCUCUGUUUACCUGGAUGGACAAUAUGGACUGAUGCAAGGAAGCCCUCCAUUUCUCUGCGGAACGGAACCAACAACUGAGAGCUCCAUAGACUUGCUUUCCUUUUGACAUGUAUUAUACAUUCACUCUCUUUUCUCCUCCUUCCGUCCUUUCCUUUAUGUGUCCCUCUGUUCUUCUUUCUCCUUGUCUUGCUUUGGUAUUCCUCAACUUUCCUGAGGCUUGCGUCUGUUUCUUUGUUGUAGUUUUUUCUCCUCUGUGCCAGAACUUUUUGCCAACACCAUAUAAGGGCAUGGAUGCGUCUGGGCUAGGAUGGGCAGCUCACUUCCUGUGAUUUCAGUGGGCGACUUCCUGGUGACAACUGCCACACUCUGCCUUAUGACACAGCAAGAGGAAGACACUCUUACCUGACAUCACAGAGUGAAAGACUAUGGAUAACACACACAUUACACACACAACUCUGACAACAACUUUGAGAAAAACAAACAAAAUAUUACAAAAAAGUCAACAUGGAUGAUUUUUUGCGUGUUAAUGUGUUUUUGUUGACCCCUGUGCCAUGGUGCAACCUGCUGAGGAUGAGUUUGAUUUAGAGACACAUGUUUUUGAAGGGUGGGCGGAGCUUAGGCUUCAGCCAUUGGCUCUCGAUACAAAAGUGGUGGGACUCAGGUUGGCGUGACAACCCUCCUCCGGUUGGAGUGCCACAAUUUAUUGGCGCCAACGGGAGGUUGCGAUCCUAAUGGUGGCUCCUCGUGUUAUUAUUUAUUUGCUCUUUGUGUACAUACUGUAGGUAUUUUAAGAGUAACAGAAAAAGAGAAUCUAGGUGUUGUCUUUACGUGCCAAUUCAUUGUUUGUGUGUCUGUGUGUGCCGGGGACCACUGGAAAGCACCUGCAUGCCGAUCUGUGCUGUUCGAUUAAGUGUCCCAUCGCAUCAUGUGACUCGGUCCACUUUGGGCGUCCAGUGCAGAUGCCUGCUUAAAAAUCAUGCUCAACUCAAGAUCAAAUAUACAUGUACAUAUAUGUAUUGAAGAGAAAACAACAAAAAAAGAAAUGAUGUAUUACUGUGGGAACAUGGUGAGGCCUUCACCAGAAGACUUGCUUUUUAAAUUUGUAUUUAUUCAUUGUGUUUUGUUUUCUAAAUAGUGUAUAUUAAAUGCAAAAAAAAAUAAAACACUAUGAUGUUGCUUUUACGUCACUACUGUCCCAUUGUCCGUUUUGUUGUAAGGACCGUCAGCAUCCAGUCCUCGACGCAAACCACGUCGGUCUAAUUUGACGAGCUGCCACAUCCUGUGACCUUACAAUGUGGCAUUAAAAAGUCAUUAGCAUGAGUCGCAACACUGAAAGGGCUGGGCCCAACCACAAAAGCCUCCUUUCAAAGGGAAAGCGAGACAUUCUCCGCCAGCCAAACCCAAAUGUCCUUUGUGGUUUAAUGAGCCAGCACCAUUGUCUUUGUCAUCUGCAAGGGGAAAGAUGCCUCUAUUGUAUGGUGCUGUUUCCGGCCCAAUUUCUGACGCUACACCAUGCCACCAUGAUACGCCCACAAAUAUCACCACCCUCCUCCUCCCUGUGGACUCGUUGACCCCGGACGGGUUAAGAAACGUAAUUUGGUUCCUGACGUCCCUCUAGCUAUAAGAACCAAUUACCCCGUUAGUCGAUGAAACAAGUCUGUUUUUAUUUUCCUUCCUUUUUUAUUUAAUUUAUUUAUUUUGCUGAGGCAAUGUUUUAGUACAAGGGCGAGGCUAUCAGCUACAUGCAGGGCAUGUCUCCUGCGUGUUUAUUUGUGAUUAUGCGAUGAGAAUGCUGUUAAGUCCACCGCGCCUCCUUCGGGGAAUUAUUACUAGUGGAGAGAAACACACACCCACACACACAUAUAUACACACACACAGGGAGAGUAGAUC